AUGAACUUUUUACUUGUCAACCUGGCGGUAGCGGACAUUAUGGUGGCGCUAUUUAUUGCGCCACAGUUUAUCCUUAUUCACACAUUCAAACACCCAGACGGCUUGGCCGGGACACUGCUUUGUAAAUUUUUGACCGGCGGGAAUCUUAUGUGGACAGGAGCAACUGCUUCUUCUUUCUCUCUGGUCGUCAUUGCGUUCGAGCGAUACUUCGCCGUUAUGUAUCCUUACGGCAAUAGAAGAAAGCUAACAACCGGCAAACUAAAGGUAAUUUUAGUAACACUGAAAUCUAAUGGGAACAGGACGUAAGAAUUACAGACUGAGAUGAUAGUAUCAUUUGAAAACUGUGAGGGAAAAAAAUUAAAUAGACGAUAGCUUACUUUGCCGCCGCUGUUAAAAGUGGAGAGCACUGUUUGCAACCUCCUUCGAUUAAAGAAAUAACGAACAAUAAAGUAACUCAUUGUUACUCUAGUAAUGGAAAUGUUUAUUCAUAUCAUUAGUAUUAUCCUUUUCUUCUUCUUCUUCUUAUUCUCUUUCACGACAGAUUUUCAAAAUCAAUACUUCUUGUCUUGAAUUGUUGGUACCUCGGUGCUGUUUGUGUCCGUGUAAUAGUUUACAUUAUCAUUAUUUUACCUGAUGUAACUAGUCCCGUUUAGAAAAUUCAAGAGAAUAUGAUUAUUUUAAAAGAAUCAAAAGGUUUAUUGACUGACCCAGGGUUGGCGAUUUUUUGUCCUGUAGAUACUAGCAAAUGUUUGUAAAAUAUAAACUUAAAUGGCACUAUGCUUUGUUCUAAGUUAGAGCAGCCAUUUAUAGUGAGUCGAUAUGGUGGUACUGAGUUUAAAAAAUGCAAAAGGUAUUGUAGCCUGCGCGCAGACGAAAUUAAACUCUGGUUAACUCCGUCUGCGAAACAGCGCCGAAAUCCUUGUUCUGGACUUCCAGCUGUGUACCCAGAUUUGAGUACGCGCCACGAUUGGCCAGUUAAAAAAGGCCUUUGUUUUGUUUGUCAUGAUCGCCAAUCAGGUUGAAGGGGAAUUCGAAACGCACUUCCGGUAAUUCGUUGAGUCCGUUGGGGGUCCAGAACAAGGAUCUCUGCGCAGCUUCGCAGACGGUACUAAUCAGAGUUUAGUUAUCGUCUGCACGCAGGCUAAAGGUAUUGUGGUGAUGCUAGAAAUACACUACUUAUUCCCCUGGGAACAUUAAAAGAUACCGUAUUUAUUCGAUUAACCGCCCUGGGCGCUUGUUAAAUUUUUGGUCCUUGAGAGUGGGCGCUUAUUCGAGGUGGGCGCUUAUUCGAGGCUGGGCGCUUAUUAAAUUUUCACCAUUUUCAGCAAGUGAAGUAUGUUUAUUUUGCAACAAAACAAUGAAUGCUAAUAACAAAACGCGAAUUCGAGGUAACAAAGCAAGGUUGCUGUAAAAUACUCUGAAGAAAACUCCGUCCUCGGGUAAGUCUCUUAUAAGAAUUUAAUCACUCAAGUGGGUGGGAUGGGGGUGAGCGCUUAUUUGAGUUUGAUUGGGAGGAGGAGGGGGUGGGCGCUUAUUCGAGGCUGCGCUCUUAUUAGCUUUUUCUGCCUUUAGAAUGGGCGCUUAUUCGAGGUUGGGCACUUAUUCGAAUAAAUACAGUAUUCUAAUAACAACGUUCAGGACGAUGAUAACGAUGCCAACGGAAUAUUAAAGAAGUAAACAAACUCUUUCAGGGAUUCUAGGAAAUUUCGAAUUUUAUAGCUCCCGGGCUGCCCAGACGUGUAACGAAUUCACCAAGCAAAUUCUUUGUUUUCGCCAUUUGCACAUCCCCCAUAAUACACCUUGUUUGUCCUGCAAAAUUUUGCAUAACCUUUGUUUUCAAUUUUUCCUCUUACAGUCAAUUCGAAGAGAAAUUGAGGACAAUACAAAUGCACAAGGGGGAGGGGGGAGGUGUAUUAUGGGAGAUUUGCAAAUGAAGAAUCCUCGUACAUAUUUCAGAGCUUUUGCUUAAAACAGUUUCUUGUAUAAAACAUGUAAUUAGAUUUUCAGCGCUUUUCCCUUAAUACAAUUUCUAACAUGACAAAUAGGCAAGUUUCGUAUUCCCCGAAGGACCUGGGAAGAGCAUGAUUGCGAGGCUAAUGCGGGUCAACUUCUUGGCAAAAACGAAAACAAAGUAACAUAGGCAAAUUGCGGCUGAGUCGUUGGAAAACGAUACAAAACAUGAAAAUAAUGAGAUUUCAAAGCUUAAACUUUACCAGUACGCUGAAGGGAUAUCUGUUUCAAACAGUAAAACUGUGGAAAGAGCUGGUCGAACUAAAACAGACCUGAAAAAAAGCCACGACUGAAGCUUGAAAAUGGUAAAAUGGUAAAUUAAGCUUAAGUCUCUUUUGUUUUCAAACUUCUUAUUAUCCUAUUUUCCUCGUGUGAUAUCUGUGAAAUGGAUUAGUAUUAUCAUCUGUGUAAUAAGUCUGUAUUCAACUUCUAAUCGAGUGAAAUGUGCAUACGUCGAUCGUUUUUCUACAUGUGGCUGAAAUUGUUUUUACAAACGAUGUAAGCUAAAUGUAUAAAUAAACUUAUACCUUUCAAAUCGCCUUUGUCCAUUCCGAUUUAACUUCCUUACAGUGCAAGAAAUGUACGCAGAACUUCAGCCCCAUCGUGAUAGAUAUUUUUCCACCGAACGUACUUGUUCGGUUUAUUUCAAAUACACAAAAUUUUUCAUCCGCUCCGUUAGAAAAUGUCAACUGAAAAGUAGUUGAAUUACUUAAUUGAAUUUUGUCGAUAACUACCACAUUUCAAUGAAAGGCUUACUUAAAGAAUUUAUAACGAUCACUGAAAAUGGCUUCAGAGUUUUACCAUGUUUUGAGGAUUUUGAGACCAUCUUGGCAUUUUUAUUGAACUCGCUCACCAACCCACUCUUCCGGGCAAUUUCUAGUUUCGCUCGUUGUUUUUCUCGGUGACGAAGAGCUGAUCUUCCUUUUGCUGUUCGUAACAAUGAUUUCUAAAGCCUGUAAGUAAGUUUGGAGCCCAUCGAAACAUUAAACCUUUAAGUUUUUCCUCAGCUGCAGUUUUUUCAUGUUUGUUCAUCUUCUUGCCAAGAAGUUGCAAGCUUUAGCCUCGCUUUCGCGCGAAAACAAGCACUCGCCCUAGGCCGCCCGGGGAAUACGAAACUUGCCUAUUAUGUAAUUAGAUCAGUUUUAUACCAGCCAAGUCUUAAUAGGCUGUUGUAAACAACAACAACAACAACAAAAACUAAAGAAAACAUUACAUACAUAUACGCAGAAUAUACAUGACGCCAGCAUAAAAAACUUUGAAUUCUGUCUUUGGCUUUUCACAGCUCAUCAUUCCUGUUAUAUGGAUAAGUUCAGUCAUCAUAAACAUGCCAUUCUUCUUAACAACCUUCUUCAGCAAAGGGGAUAACUUUUGCAUGGAGCACUGGCCGGGAGAAUGGACAGCUAAAGCUUACAGUUUAGCUUGGUUUGUACUUCUUGGUGCUAUGCCAAUGAUUAUGAUGUUCGUGUUAUAUUCAAGAGUAAUUUAUUCGCUUUGGAUCAAGCAAGAAGUACACCACCAGGGUGCCCAACAGGUAAGCGUAAAACACUCCUAUUAAUCUAAGCGGAUUGCUAAAGGUUUCUGGGUUAGGGUUAGUAAUAUAAGCUAGUAAGUUCUAAUGUUGCUCAUCCAAAUUUGUGCCUUGAAAAGUGCAACCCUUGCUGUUAUCUGCGACUACUUUAUCUACGAUAGGCUGCCGGUAUCAGUAAUGUCAUUUUGUAUUGGCCAUUUCUUGAUUGAGUGAUUUUUAUACUUUUAACUAACGUCCCCUUUUUUGUCUGUUUCUCCCUUUUUGCUUUUAACUUGGCUCGACGGCAAAGUUAUGCUUACGCAAUUGGUUUAUAUACUAGACCGGAAAUAAAAAGCUGACCGGAUGAUUAAUGAUCAUAAUGAUUAUAAUGAUUAUAAAUGAUUUAUAAGUAAUGAACUGUUAAUAAGUUUCCUUAUUUUCAGGGUGUUUUGAGGGUACGUAAACGUGUCACCAAGAUGGUCUUAGCAGUCAGUAUUAUCUACGUCAUGUGUUGGACCCCGGAUCUCGUCAUUUACGCACUGAUCCACUUUAGCUCAAAGCACAACCUCGGAGACGCUGCAGAUAUCAUUUCCAUCAUGUUGGUCACGUGCAAUUCCACCGUCAAUCCAUUCAUUUAUGCCCAUGUCAAUCCUCGCUUCAGAAAUCAAAUCAAGGCUCUGUUGUAUUGUAGAAGCGUGGAUAGAAAUAGAAUUCACGAUGACAGAAGAAGGAGCCUGGGUUCUACGACAAUAAACAAUAUAGCAGCUGCAUCAAUAAUCCAGCGCGAAGUCCGCGGUAUCGCCUUACGUUCUCAAGAGAUUUCAACUUCACUGUGA